AUGGAUGAAGAUAUAUAUGCAAACACUGGAAAUGUUUUAGAGCGCAAAUCGACUGCUUUAAACGACAGCAAGGAAGAGAUCUACAUGAAUCAAGACGUCCCAGAGACUCGUACAACCAGGAGCCAUAAGGAAACCAUUACCACAGGAAUGGGUUCUACAGGAAGCAGACGCUACAGACUGGCUGCAGUGCUUCUGGGUCUGCUGUGUGUUCUCCUGCUGACUGUCAUCAUACUACUGUGGUUCAAGUUCACUGUAGAGAUUGACCAGUUACAGACCAGUAACUCCAACCUGACUGCAGAAAGGGACCAGUUACAGGCCAGUAACUUCAAUCUGACUGCAGAGAGAGACCAGUUACAGACCAGUUACACCAACCUGACUUCAGCGAGAGACAAGUCCCAGAAGGUGCUUUCGGAGCUGAUGAGGUUUGGUAGACUGAAGUACUUUAAAUCCAGUAUUUACUACGUCUCCACUGGGAAGAUGAGCUGGAGUGAAAGCAGGACGGACUGUAGAGAGAGAGGAGCAGACCUUCUGAUCAUAAACAGCAGAGAGGAACAGGAGUUCUUCAAGAAAGAAUUAGGCAGUACUGAAGCUUGGAUUGGUCUGACGGAUCGCCAAACAGAGGGGGUCUGGAAAUGGGUGGACGACUCCCCGCUGACCAUUAAGUUCUGGUGGACGGAAGAACCUAAUGAUUAUGAAGGAAAUGAGGACUGUGCUAUAACCAACUUCCAGAAAGCUAAAUCUAAUUUAUCAGUUUGGGCUGAUUACCCCUGUCAACACCCUGUAGUUAGGAUCUGUGAGAGAGCUAAGGCUGAAUAACUGAAUGAGUAAAUAUUACAUUCUUAGCAUUCAUUUGCAUGUAUUAAACAAUCUCAAAUAUUACAAUUUGUUUUCAAACAUUAAGAGCAUUUUCAGAAGUAUCAAUGCAUCUAUAUUCAUGAGUCAUAGGCAUUAGCUUGUGAUUAGUGGCAUGCUGUUGUCAGAAAUACAUUUUUAAAAGGGACAUAUGCAAAAACUCACUUUUUGCGUUUUUUUUUUUGUGUAAAUCAGCUGAAAGAGUUUGGGGUCAGGAAUUUGCUUCUUUGAGUCGUUUGGAUGCUCCCUUAUUGUGAUGUCACAAUAAGGAAACCUGCAUAGAACCAAUCUGGCACUACCUCUCACCCGUCAAACCUCAACAGAGCCCCAUCCACCAGAUCAUUAGAAGAUACGUAAUUUCCGUCUGCUGGUGGAGAACCGCAGACAGUCAACAGCAGGAUUAGCCAGCAGACUUCAUGUGAAGGAGGGAUCUGUACCUACUGUUUGUAGCAAAUCGGCAGAUAAGGGAGAUAAGUAAGCACUUUCAAAUACAAAUGAGUUUUGUGUUUCUGUCACAGUUUUUCAUUUAGCAUACGCCAACAGUAACCUGUGGUAACCACUCAGUGUACACAUGAAGCAUGCCCAGAAAAGCUUGUUUGCAUAAAAGUGUCCUUAAAUGAGCCCUUAAAUAGAUCAUUCUGAAAGGAACUGAAAUUGGGAAAAAUAGAGCUGGUGAGAUUUCUUUAGCAGAGAGAAAGCUACUCAAUAGACCCAAAUAGAGUCUACUAGCCUAGGACGUCCCCAGAAAUUUAAAAAGAUUUACAUUAACAUAGAUAAGUUACUGAAAAUGCUGUAUAAAAUCUGUCAAAAUGCAUGUAUUGAUUAUGUAUUGUAAGUGUUGUGUAAGUGUAAUGUAAGUGUUUAAGUGUUAAAAUGUGUUUUUUCAAGCCUAUUUACAGUCCUUUUAUUUUACAACCCUUUUUGGUGAGCAGUGUUUUUUGCCUUGGAACCCAGUUUUUUACCCAAUCUCUUUCUUAUUAUUGAAUCAUAAACACUGACCUUUACUGAAGCAGGUGAGGCCUGCUGUUCUUUAAAUGUUGUUCUGAGUUCUUUUGUUUGUGACUUCCUGGAUGAGUUGUUCAUGCCCUUUUGAAAUAAUUUUGGUCGGCCGGUAACUCCUGGGAAGGUUCACCAGUGUCCAUGUUUUUUACUCAAUGUGUGAAUAAUAGCUCUCACUGUGGUUCUCUGGAGUCCCAAAGCUUUAGAAAUGACUUUGUAACCUUUUCCAGACUGAUGAGUUUGUUUUCUCUUUGGGGCAUAAUGUGUUGUUUUUUGAGAUCUUUUAUCUGCUUCAUGUUGCCUGACAGGUUUUAUUUAAGUGAUUUCUUGAUUCUGCAGGUCUCCCAGUGAUCAGGCCUGGUUGUGGUUAGUAAAAUCAAACUCAACUUUCCAAAAAGUGUAAAGAGGGGCUGAACACCUUUGCAAGUCACACUUUUCAGAUUUUUAUUUGAUAAAAAAAUUGAUUGGCUAUGAAAUACAGUUAAGUUUGUAGUUGUAAGGUGACAAAAUGUGAAAAGAUUGAAGUUUAACUUUUGCAA